AUGGCGCACCUAGCAGCAGCCAAGCUGCCCUAUCGCGACAUCAACCUCAAGAUCACCAGCGAUGCUUAUACCUUUACGUCUCCCUCGUCUCCCGAUGCGCCGUCCUUGGUCAUUGAUCGUCCCAUGGGAGACGUCCGGCUGGUCCAGGGCGGCUCCAAUUCAUCCAAGCGCCCGACGCGUAUAUCCAGCAUCUCCGGCAUCCUUGGCAUCAUUCAGCUCCCUCUAGACAAGUAUGUCAUCAUCAUCAACAAGGCCAAGCCCAUGGGCAGGCUCAAGGGACAGAUGGUCUACAAGGUCAUUUCGACCGAGAUUCUCCCUAUGCGCGAGCGACAGAUCCACGACCCCGACGAAGACACCUUCAUCAACCUCCUCAAGACCUUCCUUGCUCAGGGACCCAUGUACUUUUCCUACUCAAUCGACCUCACCAACUCGAUCCAGCGUCAAUCCCAUGCCGAUACCUCUCGACCCCUGUGGCUGAGGACCGAUGAUCGCUUCUUUUUCAACAAGCAUCUGCAGUCCGAGCUGAUCAAGUUUCGCACUACGGGCUCCCGUAGCCAGCCCGGCCCGCAGCCUGCUAUCGAUCCCUACAUUCUGCCUUGCAUGUUUGGCAUGUUUGAGAUUAAGCAGACCAAGUUCAAGAGCACACCACUGACCAUCGUAUUGAUUUCCCGACGCUCACGGUACCGUGGUGGAACUCGAUUCUUUACUCGAGGUGUUGACGAAGACGGCCAUGUGGCAAACUACAACGAGACGGAGCAGAUCGUCAUCCUCAAUGAUAGCAGUACCGGCCUGGGAGGAUUUGCUGGCAGCAGUGAUAUGCAGAGUGGCAAGUUUGGCGCGUCGGCAGGCCAGGAGAUGCAGAUUCUAUCAUACGUCCAAACUCGAGGCAGCGUGCCAACAUUCUGGUCCGAGGUCAAUGACCUAAAAUACACGCCGAAAAUCCAUGUGCGUGGUACCGACGCCGCCCUUGCCGCCUCAGCCAAGCACUUUGAGGAGCAGAUCCGCAUCUACGGAGACAACUACCUCAUCAACCUGGUCAACCACAAAGGACGAGAGUCCAAGGUCAAGGAGUCUUACGAGAAGAUGGCCAAGGCUCUCGUCUCAAUGCCCAAGGAGCGGCGAGAGGCCGAUCGUCUUACCGACGAGAAGUUCACGACGAUCCAGCCGGGCUCGAGCCGCCAGCAGUUUGACCGCCUUCACUAUGUCUACUUUGAUUAUCACAGCGAGACAAAGGGCAUGCAGAUGCACAAAGCCUACGCCAUCGUGGACAGACUCCGGGAAGCUGUUGAUGCGCAGGGCUACUUCCGUGGCGUCGACAUGCCCGCAAACAACGAUGGAAGGGUUGAAGCCCGCAGUCUUCAGACCAGCGUGAUGCGCACAAACUGUAUGGACUGCCUUGACCGUACCAACGUCGUCCAGAGCAUCUUCGCUCGUCACAUGCUCGACCGCAUGCUGCAAGAUGUCGGCCUGCUCGCAAAGGGCUCGUCAUUUAAGAACGAAGACCCCGAGUUCGAGGUGCUUUUCCGCAACAUCUGGGCCGACAAUGCCGAUGUUGUGUCCACGGCCUACUCUGGAACUGGUGCCAUGAAGACCGACGUCACCAGGACUGGCAAGCGUACGCCGAUGGGAGCCCUGCAAGACGGUCGUAUUGGUAUCACACGAUACUGCCUCAACAACUUCCUUGACGGCCCUCGUCAGGACGCCUACGACUUGUUCUUGGGCGUCUAUCAGCCUGGUGAGGCCAACGUUGGCACCAACCUCAUCUUCGGCGACAGGCGGCCGGUUCUCAUCCAGGCUAUUCCUUAUAUCCUAGCCUUUAGCGUCUUCAUCGUCCUCGUGGGCAUCUUCACCAGGCGGCCUCCCGGUUCGAGCGUCAUUCCCAUGCGCCUCUUCAUUCUCUUCUGGUCCAGUGUGGCAGCCUGGUGCUUCCACUUUGUCUGGACUCACGGCAUGCUCUAUGUAAACUGGCCACGUCUGAACCCACUCUCGUACGCUAUCGAUGGCUACACCGAGAACUUCACCAAGGCCAGAAAGGACGCCGUUAUCGGGUCCCUCGUAGCCAGACAUGAGCGCGGACUCAGCACCGCUCGCUUCAUCAACGCCGAGGAGGGUAAGAAGAGGAUUGAGUAGAUGUACGCUGCACGAGCUCGGGAGAUGUAUGAUCUACGGCCUCCAUUCUACCCUUUUGGCCCCCUGGCCCCCCUUUUUCUUCUGUUCUCUUCGUCGCUGUUAGACUUUGCUUGCAGAUGCAGCGUUAUUCAUAUAAUCACCCUUUAGCUCCUACUGGGACAAUUUACCGUCAGCAGACGAAAAAAACACUUUCCUUGCCUUUCUUCACCUUCUUCAUUUGUUGUUACUAUUGGUUCUGAUUUUUUCUCGACGUGGCCAGCGUCGUGGCCCCCUUUCUACGCGCUACAUUUUAAUUGAAAAAAAAGAAGAAGAAGAAAAGAGUCUAUACAAGUCUUUUUUUAGACAAAGACCAUUUUUUUCUCUCAGACAAAAGAUGGGAAGAGGAUGCAAAAGAUUAGAAGAUAUAUAGUCAAUAUUAUUUGCCUAAUUUUCUUUAAAAUUAAAAUAAAAAAGUUUCUCGUUUUGGAUAGGAUUAAGUAAAAAAGCCUAGGUAGUUGAAAAUAAACAUACAGUUGAAAAAU